AUGACGAAUAGACCCCAAGAAGCGCCGCCGGCAAUGGAGGCGCACUCCAAUGAGACCACAGUCUCCGUGGAGAAGCGAAAACGGCAUUUCGGACCAAGGAUGAUCUUCAGCGUUGUCAUCAUGUGUAUGGGUACCCUCACUUACUCAUACGGCGCUGGAGUAAUUGCGACUACCAUUGGACAGCCCUCGUUCUACUCCUAUAUGAAGCUCAACAACGGCCCUCAGACGUCUGCAAUCAUCGGCGCCACGACAGCUUUGUACUACGCUGGUGGUAUCUUCGGUGCCUUCGGUGCGAACUUCGUCGCAGACCGCUGGGGAAGAAAGGCAUCGAUAUACACCGGCGCGCUUACUUCGCUUGCUGCGGCCGCUCUCUGCGCCGGCUCCGUUCACAUCGCUAUGUUCAUUGUGUUCCGGUUUCUAUACGGAGUCGGUGGCUUCAUGCUGCUGAUGACCGUCCCUCUGUGGAUCACGGAGGUUGUACCAGCAGAGGUUCGCGGGGCAUUCGCGCAGUGUCAUGGAGUGUGCACGUCCCUCGGCUACUUCCUCUCCAGCUACGUGGGCGUGGGAUUCUACACGAACGGCUCCAUCAAAGGGCUCAAUUCGUGGCGAGGCCCGCUCGCAUUAGGCGCUCUUCCGCCAGUGCUCUUCCUCUGCGGCCUGUGGUGGGUGCCAGAGUCUCCCCGGUUCCUGCUGCUGAAGGAACGCACCAGCAAGGCAUGGGAAAUCGUGCGCCGGUUCCACUCGGCGCCAGGAGACUCGGACCACCGCUACGCACAGAUCGAGAUGUUCCAGAUGAAGAACCAGAUCGAGCUGGAUCGCACUCUGCCUACCUCUUGGCUCUUCAUGUUCAAGACACCCUCGAUGCGGAAGCGCAUGUGCAUGACCGUCUUUAUUGUCUUUGCAGUCCUGUCGAGCGGCAACCUCUGCGUCGCGACCUACGCUACCGUGAUCAUGAGCCAUUCCGGCUGGGAUCCGCUUGCCCAACUGAAUAUCCAAGCUGGAAUGAUGGCGGCUGUUAUGCCCGGCAUCUUUGCUGCCAUAUUCUUCACCGAGAGACUUCGGCGCCCGACCCUGGUCAUGAUCGGUUUACUUGGAGAAACCAUCGUACUCGCUUGCUACACGGGCGUCGCGGCAAGUUUCAAUCUGGCCGACGCUCAACACAAAUCCGCCCAGAUUGCCUGCGUCGCCUUGCUCUAUCUUUUCUCCAUGUUCUCGGCUGCCUUCACCGAGGGGCCAAUGUCGUAUUGGGCGGCCGAGUUCUACCCCACGCACCUGCGUGCUCGGGGCCAAACGAUACAGGUGGUGAGCUACGGAGCAUUCAGCAUUCUCUGGGGUCAGUCGGGACCAACGGCGAUCGCCAACAUUGGCUGGAGAUUCUUCUUGGUGUUUAUCUGCAUCACGGUCGUGACUGCUUUCAUCAUCUACUGGUACUUCCCAGACACCCAGGGCAAGAGUCUGGAAGAGAUGGCUCUUCUGUUCGGCGACGACGACCUUGUGGUCGUCCGGCAGCAGGAUAUCCACGUCGAUUCUGAUCAUCACAUCGUUGGUACAGUCCACAAGGACAAGGAGGGACAAGCCAUCGUGGUGAAUUUGGAGGAUAUCAACGAUGCUAAAGAGUCCGCAUAG